AUGCUAAUCAAAGACUUCAGUGAUUUGGUAUCCUUCAUCAUUGGUUCUCACAGUCACAAGGUCUACAGUAGCAGGCUAGACGCAAUGAUGCAGGACUUCAGUGUUCAAUCUUUUGGAAUUGUUUGUACGGAUGAUGAUGAUGAUGAUGAUGAUAUUAAAGAUGAUGAUGAUUGUGAUGAUGAUGAUCAUAAUGAUGAUUGUGGUGAUGAUCAUAAUGGUGAUUGUGAUGAUUGUGGUGAUGAUCAUAAUGAUGAGUGUGAUGAUGAUGAUGAUUGUGAUGAUGAUUGUGGUGAUGAUGAUCAUAAUGAUGAUUGUGAUGAUGAUGAUCAUAAUGAUGAUUGUGAUGAUGAUUGUGGUGAUGAUGAUCAUAAUGAUGAUUGUGAUGAUGAUGAUGAUCAUAAUGAUGAUUGUGAUGAUGAUGAUCAUAAUGAUGAUUGUGGUGAUGAUCAUAAUGGUGAUUGUGAUGAUUGUGGUGAUGAUCAUAAUGAUGAGUGUGAUGAUGAUGAUGAUUGUGAUGAUGAUUGUGGUGAUGAUGAUCAUAAUGAUGAUUGUGAUGAUGAUGAUCAUAAUGAUGAUUGUGAUGAUGAUUGUGGUGAUGAUGAUCAUAAUGAUGAUUGUGAUGAUGAUGAUGAUCAUAAUGAUGAUUGUGAUGAUGAUGAUCAUAAUGAUGAUUGUGGUGAUGAUCAUAAUGGUGAUUGUGAUGAUUGUGGUGAUGAUCAUAAUGAUGAGUGUGAUGAUGAUGAUGAUUGUGAUGAUGAUUGUGGUGAUGAUGAUCAUAAUGAUGAUUGUGGUGAUGAUGAUCAUAAU